AUGGGUCGUCGAAAAAUCGAGAUGAAGCUGGUGAGAGACUCGGGCUCGAGACAAGUCACGUUCUCCAAGCGUCGCAACGGUGUCUUCAAAAAAGCAAACGAGCUCGCGACCUUAUGCGGAGCAGAAAUCGCCGUGGUCGCUUUCUCUCCCGGCGGAAAACCUUUCUCCUACGGCCAACCAAGCGUCGAUACCGUCGCCAACAGGUUCCUCCGCCGCGGUUCCGCCAUAAGCAACCCCAACAACAACAAUGGCGGCGGAUCAAAGGGUCUUAGAGCAAAUGGUGGUGAUGUGAUUGAGAAGCUGAACCAGAAGCUUAUGAAUCUGGUGAACGAGAGUCAGGCGGAGAAGAAGAAGGGAGAGAUGCUUGACGAGAGGCUGAAGAAGAUGAACUUGACUCGUCAGGGAAAGCUGCCAUUGGAAGGUCUGAAUAGGGAUCAGCUUCAGAAGCUGAAGAAAUCUCUGGAAGAAAUGAAAGAAGAAGUUGAAGAGAGUGCGAAACAAUUGGAGGCGUCUUCAUGCUUGAUGCUUCUUGCUCAGAAAGCUGUGACCAGUAAAGACAAAGAGAAUCUUAAUGCUUCUGCAAAACAUAUUUGA